UGGAGGGCUCGAGGCUGUCGUGGGGAUUAGGUUUUCCUCAGACUUGAGGCGAGGACAAACUUUGGAAGGGGCGGAGGAAUCCACAGUAUUGACGAAAGACUGUGGAGCGAAGCCAAAGGGGCGAGUUUGUUUUUCUCCUGUCUGAACAAUGGUGUCUGGAGAAAUCUGUGAGCUAUCAGGCUGUAGAAAUCCUGGAAAGGUUUAUGGUAAAGCAGGCAGAGAAUAUCUGCAGGCAAGCCACCAUCCAGUUGAGAGAGAAUGAAAAGACAGACUCUCAGAAUUGGAGGGCUCUGAAAGAGCAGCUUUUCAACAAAUUUAUUCUCCAUCUAGUUUCGUGUGUUCAGCUGGCCAGCAAACUUUCCUUCCAUUACAAAAUAAUCAGCAACAUUACAGUCUUGAAUUUCCUGCAGGCUCUAGGGUAUCUUUACACUAAAGAAGAAUUGCUAGAGUCAGAGCUUGAUGUUUUGAAAUCCCUGAACUUCCAAAUAAAUCUGCCCACCCCUCUGGCAUACGUGGAGAUGCUCCUUGAAGUCUUAGGAUACAAUGGCUGUUUGGUCCCAGCCACACAGCUACAUGCAACCUGCCUGACCCUGCUUGACCUGGUUUAUCUUCUGCAUGAACCCAUAUAUGAGAGUCUGCUGAAGGCUUCAAUUGAGAACUCCACACCCAGUCAACUGCAAGGGGAAAAGUUUAUCUCAGUGAAGGAAGACUUUAUGCUGCUGGCAGUUGGAAUCAUUGCAGCAAGUGCUUUCAUCCAAAACCAUGAGUGUUGGAGGCAGGUUGUGGGGCAUUUACAGAGCAUCACUGGCAUUGCCUUGGAGAGCAUUGCUGAGUUCUCUUAUGCAAUCCUGACUCACAGCGUGGGAGCCAACACUCCAGGGCAACAGCAGCCUGUUCCUCCCCACUUGGCAGCAAGAGCUCUGAGGGCUGCUGCUUCUUCUAACACAUGAGGCAGGCUGAACCCACCAAAUAUAAAAAGCCUUCCAUCACUGUAUUCCCUUUGUUUACUUUCAUACUCAAGGUACAAAAGUUCCAACUUUCUUUUGAACUAUAUUUUGUAUUCCAAUUUCAUGCAUACUUUUCUGCAUCAGAGAAAGAGUUAAGCAGACAAGCAUGUCAUUUUUUGUUAUAUCAGACUAAAAAUGUCAAAGAGAUAGGAGAGACAUUAGUGAAGUUGGUUCAUUUUUGUUUAACAAGACAUUAUUGGAUUUUCUUUAACUUAAUUUCAUUAAUAAGAAACAUCAAACAUAGAGGUAACUAUUAACCAGGGUCUUAAAAACAGAGACUAUCUGAGUGACCUUGGCUA